UCCCUUUUCCAUUGGAUUUGCCACUGUCGCACUCACAAGUCGACUUUUUCCAAAAGCUCCUUGGCUUCCUCCCAUCAUAUUCAUAUAUGCCAACCAGCAACUGACUGAGAGAGUGAGGGAGGAGAGAGACAGUCUAUCAUAGUAAGUAUUUCACAAAAACAGGAACCCGAAGCUCACCUUGCAUGUCGGUUUAAAUUUGGGAGUAAAUCGUUUGAUAGGAUUGUAGAGAGAUCCUGACACCAUGAAACCUGAAGAGGGAAAACCUAAUCAACCCGAUAAGCAUUCUAGGAUGGUAUCAACGGCACUAGUUCUCAUUGUGCUGAGUGGAAUAUCUUUCUAUCUUGGUGGGAUGGGCUGUUCACAAAAGUACAGAUAUGGGAUGCCGGAUAUUGGCAAUGUGAUUCAAUCGUCGAAACCUGAAGCUAUUGUGCCUCUCCAAAUCAAAGCUGUUACAUUUCCUGAAUGCGAAUCGAGUUUUCAGGACUACACACCGUGCACUGAUCCUAAGAGGUGGAAGCGAUACCAACGCCCUCGUCUCUCGUUUCUGGAGCGCCAUUGCCCUCCGCUGGCGGAGAGGAACGAGUGCUUAGUUCCCCCACCUGAUGGAUACAAGUCGCCAAUAAAGUGGCCAAAGAGCAGGGCUGAAUGUUGGUACAGGAAUGUUCCAUAUGAUUGGAUUAAUAAACAAAAAUCGGAUCAACAUUGGCUGAGGAAAGAAGGGGAGAAGUUUUUAUUCCCCGGAGGUGGUACUAUGUUCCCAAAAGGUGUUAGUCACUAUGUUGAUUUGAUGCAAGAUUUGAUUCCAGCAAUGAAGGAUGGGACUAUCCGGACAGCCAUUGAUACAGGAUGUGGGGUGGCUAGUUGGGGAGGAGAUUUGCUAGACCGUGGGAUUUUGGCAGUCUCUCUUGCGCCAAGGGAUAACCACCAGGCUCAAGUUCAAUUUGCGCUAGAACGUGGAAUCCCUGCAAUGCUGGGAAUCAUCUCAACACAGCGACUUCCUUUCCCUUCAAACUCAUUUGACAUGGCACAUUGCUCGAGAUGCCUUAUUCCGUGGACUGAAUACGGUGGAAUAUACCUCCUAGAAAUACAUCGUAUUCUUCGCCCUGGGGGUUUCUGGGUGCUCUCUGGCCCACCAAUAAACUAUCGGAGACGAUCAAGGGGAUGGAAUUCAACUAUUGAAGAGCAGAAAACAAAUUUCCUUCAACUGCAAGAGUUGCUGACCUCAAUGUGUUUCAAAUUGUAUGAUCAGAAAGGCGACAUCGCUGUCUGGCAGAAACUAUCAAAUAAUACUUGCUAUAAGAAGCACGAUGCCCCGAAUAACUACCCUCGAAAGUGUGAUGAUGGCACCGAACCCGAUUCAGCCUGGUACACCCCAAUGAGGCCUUGUCUUGUAGCACCUGACCAAAAGCACAAGGCAAUAGCAUUGGGCUCAUUAAUGAAAUGGCCCAAGCGCUUGCAUGCUUAUCCAGAGCGCAUGGGAGAUGUUCGUCGCGGCAGUAUUUCUGCUUUCAAGCACGAUAACAGCAAAUGGGAGACGCGGGUGAAGCACUACAAGAAGCUGCUCCCUUUGUUAGGAACCAAUAAAAUCAGAAAUGUCAUGGACAUGAACACAGUGUAUGGAGGUUUUGCUGCUGCAUUGAUUGAUGAUCCCAUAUGGGUUAUGAACGUCGUUUCCUCGUACUCAACAAACACACUACCGGUGGUCUACGACCGUGGCCUCAUUGGAACCUAUCACGACUGGUGUGAGGCUUUCUCCACGUACCCUCGAACAUACGACCUCCUCCAUCUAGACGGCCUCUUCACUGCUGAAAGCCAAAGGUGUGAGAUGAAGUAUGUCCUACUGGAGAUGGACCGCAUUCUCCGGCCGAAUGGGUUCGCCAUAAUCCGGGAGUCGGCUUAUUUUGUGGACGCCAUCACCACCAUCGGCAAAGGGAUGAGAUGGGGUUGCCGGAAGGAAAACAAUGAACGCGGCGACGUAAAUGAAAAGAUAUUGGUGUGCCAGAAGAAACUGUGGCAGUCCUCCAUCAAAAGUUCUAGGUAAUAAGGAGAGAGUUCAUGUUGUUUUUAGGUAGGAUAUGUAUGCUACAUCUCGUUGAAGAAACUUAGUGAGAUCUAUAUUAUAAUAAUAGUUACAUGAA